AUGAGUAGCAUCAACCCCAGCAGCAGCAGCAACAGUGCAGCUACAGUUCCUUGUUUGCUCAGGAAUGUCGGGGAGGGCGACAGAGCGGAGUUACUGCGCACCAUCGAGCUCUUGAAGCUGCAGGUAGCUGCGCGGGACGAGCAGCUGGCGCGGGCGGCGGCGCAGCGCGAGGUGGCCGUGGCGCGCGUCGCCGAGCAGAAGAACGGCGUCGUCAGCGCUGCUCUCGCCGACGUGCAGAGGUUACAAGAGUCGCUGGCAGCGCGUGAGCGCGAGACGAGCGAGAUACGCGAGCGAGCGGCGCGUGAGCUGGCAACCCUCACGUCCAAGUGUGCGCUGCUGCAGGCCAACAUGACGCGGCUGGGGGCACUCGAGAGCGCGGCACGAGCAUCGCUCCUGCAGCUGCACCUUCGUCAGGAGGAAUACGACCGCCUCAUAAACGUCCCCCAGGAGGAGCUGUCCUUAGCGCAGUACGCCUCGCUGCGACUACAUGAGCAGCUGCAACCUCUGCGGGCAAGUGUAGCGCAGCUGCAGAGCACCCGUACGCAGCUGCAGGAUCAGCUGCAGCACACGCAGCAGCAGCUGCACACCAGCAAAGAAGAAGCGGCUAACCUGCGCCUGCAGUUGCAGGAACGGCAAGGCGAAACCGAUGGUCUGAAAUUACAGGUAUCAAGACUUCGAGACCAAAUAAAAUCUGAAGACUUCCGUGUUCAAAACUACGAUCGCGUGAAGAAUGAACGAGAAACGUUCCAUGAAGAUCUCAUUGAACUUCGAAAAAAACACGAAUCCGCGUGUCUCGAACUUGAGAGUUUGAAGAAAGAUCACUUUAUGUUGACAGAGAACUUGGACUCAACUAAAAUAUUAAAUCGUAGACUAGAGAAUGAACUCGCGUCUUUGAAAGGAAACUUUCAAGAUUUGCAGCGCCGGACAGCGAAGGUUGCUAGUGAAAGCGAAUCAGCCAGCGCACAGCUGAGGGCUGAACGAGACUCGAAUCACGAAUUACACGGCAAAUACAUCGCGUUCAAGUCAGAAGUAGCGAUGUUAAAGGUAAAUUUACGUGACUGUGAACAAGAUAGAAAUGUUAUUAAGUCUCGUUUCGAAGAAUCUUUACAGUGCAAUGCUGAACUUGAGCGUCGCCUAGAAGAUGUCACUGCGAGGAACAAAGCCAUUGCAACCGAGCUCGAGAAAUGCCAGAUCAAGUGCAGCAGGAGCAAAGAUCAGUACGAGGAGGAAAUCUCAGAAUUACGAUCUGAAGUUUUAAGUGCUACUAAAUUAGAAAAAACUGCAUCCGAGAAAUGUAUGUCUUUGAAGAGUGAAGUACAAAGACUGAGAUCGGACUUAACUCUCUUGAAUAUUGAAAAAGACAGGAAAAUGUCUUCUCUCCAGGCUGAGUUGCGCGAAGUAACCUCUUCUCUGGAUGCAUACAAAAACCUGGAGAAAGAAUACGAAGAAAGUUUGCAUGCAAUUGAAAAUCCAGAGGGUGGGAACGCACAGUUAUUUCCAAGCUUGUGUCUCAGAGGCAAUAAAGUUAUCGAACAAAUUGUCAAGCUUAGCGGUCAGGUACUGAAACUUCAGAGAGAAAAUACAGACGCAAAAAACACAAUCAGACAGCUCACUGAGGCUCUAGAGAAACUGGGAAGUUCGCUUUAUUCCUACAAGUGUGCGGUAAGCAGUAUGGCUGAGCCCGAACGAUCACUCCACGAGAAAAUAAUCUCCCAGCAGGACCAAAUAACCUCCCUCAACGACGCCCUCCAGGCAACUGAGGCCCAGAAAUCCAAGAUUGCUUCGCUCAGCAACAAAGUACGACGAUUGUCGGAGAGCCUUGAAGCUUGCGGACCGCAGGCUAACGAGCUCAAGAAACUCAAAGAUGAUGUCAAUGCCAUGAAGGAUGUGAUCAUCAGGUCUUUAAAUCUCGACGGAUCGAUCCCAAGAAGACCCAAAAAUGUUCUACCUUCUGCCAUUUCAAUUACAAAAAACGUGAGUAGAGGUGUGGAAAAAUGAUGCCUUCGAAAAUUUGGCAAGUUCAGUAAGUACAAAGGUAUUAUUAUACUGCUUUAUCUACACAUUUUUUCUACUGCCAUGUCUACAUAUUCCCUCUGCUGCUUUGUCUACACAUUUCCUCUACUGCUAUGUCUAAAUAUUUCAUCUACUGCUAUGUCUACACAUUUCCUCUACUGCUAUAGCUACUCAUUUUCUCUACUGAUAUGUCUACAUAUUUCCUGCUAGAACAUUCCCGCUCUCAUUUUACACAAUUUAUGCAUUAUCCUCAUAUGCCGGAUGAAGAGUGCUAAUUUUGCUCUAGUUAAUUCCCACGCCGUUUACUGGUUGACUAAUUCAAAGCUUGAGAACAAACAGCUCAACAGGAAAUGAAACUCUAUCUUAUUUGUAUUUAUAAAUUUGAUUUUUUGAAAUGAAGCAAAGUUUGUGAUUGUCACAAUUGAAAUAUCUAACACUACGUAGAGUUGGGAAAAUUAUUCGUCAACUUCCGAGUUCAAUCAUUGGCCCAUCGCAAUGCUCUACAGUCUACACGGUCCUCUUCCAGCAGAAGUCGGGGAAGAUAGCCUGGUUUGGAGGAUCUUAGUGUCGAGUGUUCUGUGUUGUCUCAUGAGUUCUGUGUUGUAUGGAGUGUUCUGUGUUGACUUACGAGUUCUGUGUUGUCUCGAGUGUUCUGCAUUGACUCACGAGUUCUUGACUUACGACUUCUGUGUUGUCUCGUGUGUUCUGCAUUGACUUACGAGUUCUGUGUUGUCUCGUG